AUGCCACAACGCCAUAAGCCGAGCGAAGAUUUUCUGUUAGAAGACAUCUCGCGUACUGGUAGUGAAACCAAUUCUUCACGGCCCCAUGAUGUUCCUUUUUACACGGAAGAAAAUCCGCCCUCAGGUGCAAUUCUAAGUUAUUGGAGACAACGACAGAAGCUCUUCACCAGAUAUAAUGAAGGCGUCUGGAUGACUCAUGAUGCCUGGUACGAGGUUACUCCAGAAAAAGUUGCCGAGAAGAUUGCCCAACACAUUUUCGGAUCUGGAGCAGAGACUGUGAUUGACGCCUUCUGCGGUGUGGGUGGCAAUACAAUACAGUUUGCCCUUUCGACGUCGUGUAAGCGUGUCAUUGCGAUAGACAAAAACCCGACUGCUAUACUAUGUGCAAAGCACAAUGCGCAAAUAUAUGGAGUAUCAGAAAAGAUUGAAUUCAUUGUAGGAGAUUUCUUCGAACUCAUCAGUACCCGAGGCUCAGAAUUGAAAUCCGAUGCAGUCUUUUUAUCUCCGCCUUGGGGGGGGCCAACAUACAGGAACGAUGAGAUCUUCGAUCUUGAUACUAUGGAGCCGUACACCGGGUAG